ACUGUCACUCUCUGACAAUUGCCAAUAACUUAUUUACACUUCAUUAAUAACAACUUUAGCCCAAAAUAAAAAAUAUGCCCAAUGUCAGUGAUGUGACUUAUUAAUUUAGUAAAAAAUAAAAAAUGUUAAAUGUAAAAACGAGCAUAAUUAGAGAGCACUUUGCCAAAUGACACUUGAAAUGCAAUCGAGUGGGGAAGUUGGGGGAGAUGAAGACAUUGCCAGUGAGCGAACAAUCAGCGACAGUGUUGCAGUUAUUUAUGAGCGCAAUAAAUUUAUUUACGGGGGGAAACGCGUCGCUUUUCUUUGCCCAAUGUUGCCGCAUCAUCAGCGCCAUAAAAUGGGUUCGCUGCCACGAUGGGGCAUGUUGCUGCUGUUGCUGAGCUGCUGCUGCUGUUGCCUGAUGACGCCGGCUGAGGCACGUUCCAGGGACAAGGAGGAGCGUCGCAGUCGUGGACGUGGCAACAAUGGAGGCGCCACCGCCUCUGCCUCGGCCUCAGCAGCCGCUGCAGUGACCAGCAAUAGUAAUGGUGGUGGCUACUACACCAGCUCCUCGGCAUAUGGCACCUCAACGGGAACAGGCAGCACUGGCUACAAUGGACCCAUCGACAGUACCGGUUUCUGCAUGCGUCGGCGCGAGAUGAAAUUGAUGUGUUAUUGUACACCGGAUGAAAAUCAUAUGCCCGUGCAGAAGGCCGAGUGCUGGGUGUUCUCGGAGGGAUUGCAUCAGAACGACACCACCUGGACUCGUUUCUAUCAGCAGAAGCGGUUGCGUGAACUCAAAUUUGUCAUCCAGAACAAUGCCCGCUUGGAUUAUAUACCCACCAUGAUCAUAGAGCCAUUGAAGAAUCUGAGCAUCAUUGUCAUCGAAUAUUCACAGGUGGAGAUCGUCAAGAGUUAUGCCUUUGCCAAUCUACCCUUUCUCGAGCGGAUCAUAUUGAAUAACAAUCAUAUUAUGGCCCUGGAUCAGGAUGCAUUUGCCAAUCAUAUUCGUUUGCGUGAAUUGAACUUGGAGCAUAAUCAAAUCUUUGAAAUGGAUCGCUAUGCAUUUAGAAAUUUGCCACUCUGCGAAAGGCUCUUCUUAAAUAAUAAUAAUAUUAGCACUCUGCACGAGGGUCUCUUUGCGGACAUGGCACGUUUGACCUAUCUGAAUUUGGCCCACAACCAGAUUAAUGUGCUGACCAGUGAAAUCUUUCGUGGAUUGGGCAAUCUGAAUUUGCUGAAGUUAACGCGCAACAAUCUCAAUUUUAUUGGGGACACCGUCUUUGCCGAGCUGUGGAGUCUGUCUGAGUUGGAACUCGAUGAUAAUCGCAUUGAGCGCAUUUCGGAGCGGGCCUUGGAUGGUUUGAACAAUUUGAAAACGUUGAAUUUGCGCAAUAAUUUGCUAAAGAAAAUCGACAAUGGACUGCUGCGUGGCACGCCGGCGCUGCUGUCAAUCAAUGUGCAGGCAAACAAAUUGGAAACACUGACCUUCUACACAUUCCAGCCAAUUAUGGACAAUUUGGUCAACAGCACCAGUGAGCUGUUGGUGUCAGACAACAAAUUCAUUUGCGACUGUCGUCUACAAUGGAUCUUUGAAUUGAAAAAUCGCACACGUCAUUUGCAACUGCGGGAUUCGUUGGAGGAUUUCAUUUGCACACUGCACGAACCAAAAUUGUCACAUUUCAUCGAUCCGGUUCCAUCGCACAUCCUGGACAUACUGAACAUUGGUGGCUUCACGGCGAUUGGCAGCAAUAGCGCCAGCAUGGGCGGCAUUGGCAACAGCGUCAACUAUGCCAAUCUCGAUGAACUGGGCAGCAGCAUCAAGAAACAUUCGAGCAAAUCUCGCCAGGCACUGCGGGGUCAACGUCAGUUCACCGAGCAUAAUGUUGUGGAGUCGAAGCUGCGAGAGCGUCGAGAGGCGCUGGGUGUGGCAGCAGUUGCGGGACAGAACCAGAAACGCUAUGAUUACUAUGAUGAGACAACGGGUGGUGGCGGUGGACAUGUGGCUGGACUGGGUCUGGGUUUGGGUCUGGACAUGGACGAUAAUCUUAAUCUACACAAGCAGAGCUCGUACUCCAGUUCGAGUGGUGCUCCGCUGGCUCGUAAUGAUGUCGAUGUGGAUGUGCAUCUGUCAGCCGGUGGUGAUUCACUGGAUGCCACUAAGAACUCGAUUAAUGCGCGACUCUUCAUACUCAAGCCGGAGAUGUUGCCGUGCCACGAUGAGCUGAGCGAUCCCACCGAGCUGCCCCUCUCCCGUGAUCUGAUGGAUGUGCGCAGCAAUGUGGGUCAGGAUCUGCUCAUCAAUGGUGCAGCCGGUGGUGCCUCCAAUCGACAACAGACACUGCUCAGUCUGGUGGCACUCGGCUCGUUGCUGUUGCUCCUAUUGCGUCAGGGUUGAGCAGGUUGCUGGUUGCUCCUCCUCCACCGCCUCCUCAGCCUCCUCCUCCUUCUACAUUUGGUGUAUAUAUUCCACAGCAUUAUUCAUAAUAAUCUUUUUGGUUGUUCUACUACAGCUAAACUAAAGACGCCUCUAAAAUAUAGCUCCUAAGUCAAAAGCAAACUUUCUUUGGGCAACGAGCUUCAACAAAAAUAAGAAAAAAGAUAAAAAAGAAAAAAUGAGAAGAUAAAAGCU